AACCUCCAGAUGCUCCUCUCCCUUUCCGCUUCGCCCACACAUAGCCAACAUGUCGCCUUCCGCCAUAGAAACUGUGAUCUCGUCUUCUCCCGCCCCAGACGCCACUAAGGAAUCGUCCACAAAUGGCACCUCGAGCACACAACCUCACCACGCGCACGAAGAAUACCAGUACCUGAGCCUGAUCCGCGAUAUCCUCCAAGAUGGCGAGCACCGGCCCGACCGCACCGGCACCGGCACAUACUCCAUCUUCGCGCCGGCACAGAUGAAAUUCGCCCUCUCCCGCCCCACCACCGACCCCUCACAACCGCCCGAGCUCAUCCUCCCCCUCCUCACCACAAAGCGCGUCUUCCUGCGCGCCGUCGUAGCCGAACUCCUCUGGUUUGUCGCAGGCAGCACAUACUCGAAGCCCCUCUCAGACGCCGGCAUCAAGAUCUGGGACGGUAACGGCAGCCGCGAGUACCUCGACAGCGUGGGGCUCUCGCACCACGAGGAAGGCGAUCUCGGGCCCGUGUAUGGCUUCCAAUGGCGGCACUUUGGCGCCGAGUACAAGGGACACGAUGUAGACUAUACCGGCCAGGGCGUCGACCAGCUGGCGGAGGUCAUUGAUAAGCUGAAGAACAAGCCAUAUGACCGCCGCAUCAUACUCAGCGCGUGGAACCCCGCGGACCUGAAGAAGAUGGCGCUCCCGCCUUGCCACAUGUUUGCGCAAUUCUACGUGUCGUUUCCGCAGGCGAAAGAGGGUGAGGAGAGGAAGAGGGGCGUGCUGCACAGUAUCCUUUACCAGCGGAGCUGCGACAUGGGGCUUGGCGUCCCCUUCAACAUCGCGAGCUAUGCGCUGCUAACCCACAUGCUGGCUCACGCGUGCGAUCUCACGCCCGGGACUUUUACGCAUACGAUGGGCGAUGCGCACGUGUACGUCGACCACGUCGACGCGUUGAAGGUCCAGCUGGAGAGGGAGCCGAGGGACUUUCCGACGCUAAAGAUACAUAAGGAGGUUGGGUGCAGUAUUGAUGAGUGGAAGGCCGAGGAGUUUGAGGUUGUGGGGUAUAAGCCGCAUGCGGGCAUUGCAAUGAAGAUGAGUGUAUGAAUAUGGAAAUGUGUAUGGAAUCGGGUUUGGGUUGUGUAUAACUGUGGAAAUGUGGUCAAUUUCAGUUGCAGAAUCCGCGUAUAUGCUGCGCUGUGUUGGCAUUCGUGAGGAGCAAUAUACAUGAGGAGU